AUGGAAGAAGGCAAAGGAGUGAAGGAGGAGGAGUACACAGAAGAUGGAACUGUGAAUCUUAAAGGAAAACCAGUUCUUAGAUCCAAAACUGGUGGUUGGAAAGCAUGUUCCUUUGUUGUUGUGUAUGAAAUAUUCGAAAGAAUGGCGUAUUAUGGAAUAUCAUCGAACUUGAUUCUGUAUCUAACAAAGAAGCUUAACCAAGGAACUGUGACUGCUUCAAACAAUGUGACCAACUGGGUUGGGACUAUUUGGAUAACACCAAUACUAGGUGCUUACGUUGCUGAUGCUCACCUUGGUCGUUUUUGGACUUUUCUCAUUGCUUCCACCAUUUAUUUAUCGGGUAUGUCUCUGCUAACACUAGCAGUGUCACUUUCCAGUUUAAAGCCACCUCCUUGCACUGAAAUAGAUCUAACAAAAUGCAAAAGAGCUUCAACAUUACAACUAGCUGUGUUUUAUGGUGCACUCUAUACUCUAGCCAUAGGAACAGGUGGAACAAAACCGAAUAUUUCCACCAUUGGUGCUGACCAGUUUGAUGAUUUUCAUCCUAAGGAAAAAUCGCACAAGCUCUCGUUUUUCAAUUGGUGGAUGUUUAGUAUCUUCUUUGGGACGCUUUUUGCUAACACUGUUUUGGUUUAUGUCCAAGAUAAUGUUGGGUGGACUCUUGGAUAUGCUUUACCGACUUUAGGACUUGCGAUAUCGAUUAUGAUAUUCUUGGCAGGAACGCCGUUUUAUCGACAUAAAUUGCCUGCGGGGAGUACUUUCACUAGAAUGGCUAGAGUCAUUGUUGCUGCUUUACGAAAACGGAAAGUGCCGAUUCCGAAUGAUACUAAAGAACUAUAUGAACUUGAUAUGGUAGAGUAUGCUAAGAAAGGGAGUAACACUUACAGAAUUGAUUCCACUCCAACAUUGAGGUUCCUAGACAAGGCAUGUGUGAAAACAGGCUCAACUAGUCCAUGGAUGUUAUGCACAGUUACACAUGUAGAAGAGACAAAACAAAUGCUAAGGAUGAUUCCAAUCUUGGUUGCUACAUUUGUUCCAAGUACAAUGGUUGCACAAAUAAAUACUCUUUUUGUAAAACAAGGAACAACACUUGACAGACAGAUUGGAAGCUUCAAAAUUCCACCAGCAAGUUUAGGUGCAUUUGUCACAUUGUCUUUGCUUGUCUGCGUAGUGCUCUACGACCGUUUCUUCGUUAAGAUCAUGCAGAGAAUCACCAGGAAUCCAAGAGGGAUUACCCUUCUUCAAAGAAUGGGAAUCGGUCUUGUUAUCCACACGAUUAUCAUGGUUAUUGCAUCUUUUACAGAAAGAUAUAGACUUAGUGUUGCAAAAGAACAUGGUUUGGUUGAAAGUGGAGGACAGGUUCCUCUAAGUAUUUUCAUUCUGCUUCCUCAGUUUAUACUUAUGGGAACAGCGGAUGCGUUUUUAGAAGUUGCGAAAAUCGAGUUUUUCUAUGAUCAAGCACCGGAAAGCAUGAAGAGUGUUGGAACUUCAUACUCAUCAACUACAAUAGGCAUUGGAAAUUUCAUAAGUUCAUUCCUUCUGUCGACAGUUUCACACAUAACUAAGCAACAUGGUCAUAGAGGGUGGAUUUUGAACAAUCUGAAUGAGUCUCAUCUUGAUUACUAUUACGCGUUUUUCGCUUUGUUGAACUUGUUGAACUUAGUCUUCUUCGCGAUUGUUACAAGGUUUUAUGUGUAUAGGGUUGAAGUUUCGGAUUCCAUUCAAGUGCUUGCAGAAGAACUGAAGGAAAAAAGAAUGGCUAACCAAGUGGACCUUAUAGAAUAA